AAGACCACUAACCUAUCGCUUUCUCAUCUUCCUUUGCCAUCACUUCCUCUCUCCUUCCAUCUCCUCCUCCAAAUUCCCCCCUACACACCUCCAUUGUCCCAAUCCAUUGCCUUUCUGGCCUCCCUAAAAUAUUAGUUAGCCGACAAAUAUGUCCACACAUAAGAUAAUUACACCAUCAACAGGUUAAGGAUAAACAACCACACAACCAAAAAAAAUCACCAGAGACUCUCCUCCCCUCCUCUCUCUCUCUCUCUCUCUGAGAGCUCCUUUUUCUUCUCACUCCGGCCACACCCAUCUCAAAAAGCCAAACCCCCCAAACCAUUCUUUAGUCCCCCUCCAAGAAAACAAGCACCACAAACCCUAAACAAACACACACAAACACACACUCUUUCUCUAGUCUUCUUCUUCCUCCUCCUAUUGCUGCUCAUCAUCAUCAUCACAGGCCACUCCUUCCUCCUGCAUCUCCCAAUUCUUAAUAUUAUCGCCAGAGAAAUGGCCGGCCUUGAUUUGGGCACCGUCUCCUACCUCCACCAUCACCAGCAGCAGCAGCUUCACCUCCUGCAGGGCCAUGACGACGGUGGCGGCUCCGACGGCGGCGGCCAGGACGAGCUCUCCCCUGGGAGCGGCGGCGCUGCCGCGCCAGGAGGCGGCGGGAUCGGCGGCGUCGGGGGGGAGGUGGUCGGGCGGCGGCCCCGCGGGCGGCCGCCGGGGUCGAAGAACAAGCCGAAGCCGCCGGUGAUCAUCACGAGGGAGAGCGCCAACGCGCUGCGGGCGCACAUCCUCGAGGUCGCCGCCGGCUGCGACGUCUUCGAGGCGCUCACCGCCUACGCGCGCCGCCGCCAGCGCGGGGUCUGCGUGCUCUCCGCCGCGGGCGCCGUCGCCAACGUCACCAUCCGUCAGCAGCCCUCAAAUUCCUCUUCUUCUUCGUCUCCGGUGGUGGCCACGCUGCAGGGGAGGUUCGAGAUCCUGUCUCUGGCCGGGUCCUUCCUCCCACCACCGGCGCCGCCGGGGGCCACCAGCCUGGCGGCGUUCCUGGCCGGCGGGCAGGGGCAGGUGGUCGGUGGCAGCGUGGCCGGCCCGCUCGUGGCGGCGGGCCCCGUCGUCGUCGUCGCCGCGUCCUUCAGCAACGUGGCUUACGAGAGGCUGCCCCUCGAGGACGACGCUGACGAGGUGGCCCCGCCGCCGCCGUCCGCCAUGGAUCCCUUCGGAGCUAGCGCUGAUCCGUCCACGGGCGGCGGCGGCGGCCAUGGCGGCGGGCUGCCGUUCUUCAACCAGCUGCCGCCGGGGUUGGGCAUGCCGCCGCCGCCAAUGGCGAUGGACGGCCACAACGGCUGGCCCGCCGGCGUCGGGAGGCCGCCCUUCUCGUGACGAUCGAGUCAACUACAAGUAGCCUCUGUGUCUUAUCCACUGUGUCCAAUUCCAAUUGCUCUUAAUUGUUCUUUGUGAUGGAUCUCGAUCUCUUCUGAUGUUCUUGUUUUUGCUGUCGUUUGUUGUGUUGACCUGUUUGAGAGACUUGAUAUUGGUGGUAAUUGUUGAUCGAUCUGUCUUCGCUUAAUUGGGAUAUAUAUGUUCUGAGGACAUGCACUCAUAAAUUGAUCAAAUUUAGUUAGUCUUGUUGUGGAGUUA